GUUGUCUGUCUGUGGCCAUUGGGAUUGACAGAUCCUCCAUCUGGACCAACCACCAGUUUUGUGCUUCUACGGAUACUUCUGGAGGUGAUUAAUGCGUUGUGUGCUUCUUUUGUAGCUUUCUCUCUGACGUGUUUCACAUGCAAAGAUGCAACUUCCAACAUGCACUGUCUCAGUACAACCAAAUGCUCUGACCAUGAGAAGUAUUGUCUCACAACCUAUUCCACCACAGGAGUCGGCAACGACCGGAGCCAGCGUAUUUCCAAGAAAUGUUCUGCAUUUUGCCCAACAAUUGACCUGAAUAUCGGCAUAGCUGGUGUUGCUACCAGCUGCUGCGAGACUUCCUUGUGCAACAUCAGUGGUGCCAGCAGUGUGAAAACAAGCUACACUAUGAUAGCUCUGGGUGUUUUGGCCAGUCUUGCCUGCAUCCUCCAUCUGAGUUUUUAA